AUGUUGUCAGUAGCAGCUCCUCGACUGCUGUCAAUAGUAUCUCCGCGUUCACGACAGCAAAUACCGCUUAUUUACGUCGCAUUGGCCGUUUGUGGCCUCUUCUUUCUCAUCCAAAUAACGUUCGGCAGCACCAUCUCCGGCCUAUUCCAUCACACCUCCCCGACAUCGAAUGUUGAAAGCAGCACCUCUCAACCGCUACCGAAGAAACCCAAAUAUAAACCGCAGCCAACAUGGGUUCCACCUCUAGUCAAAGACCCGUUUCCCCUGCUUAUGACUUCGAAACCACCUCCCAUUCCCGCCUGGAAUAUGCCGAAGCGCCCGAAUGUCUAUCAGAAAUAUGAUCUUCCAACUGCUCCACCACUGCUCAUUGGCUUCACGCGUAGCUGGCCGUUGCUGCUGCAAACUGUCGUCGGGUAUGUCACAGCAGGCUGGCCGGCGGAGCAGAUAUACGUGGUGGAGAACACGGGCGUGCAUGAUUCCAACGCAAUGGGGCGGUUGUCGCUGCAAAACCCGUUAUACCUUAACCACACACAACUGCAUAUGCUUGGUGUUAACGUUAUCCGUACACCUGUGUUGCUCACUUUUGCGCAGCUGCAGAACUUCUUUGUUUCGCUGAGCAAGGAUAAGAGUUGGCCAUAUUAUUUCUGGAGCCAUAUGGACUCGUUUGUGUUGUCUUUGGAAGAGGGAGUCGAAGGCGUCUCAGGGCCAGUGAACACACCAGAAUACCAGACCAUCUACGAACUCGCCACGAGGGAAUUGAACCACACGCUACGAACCGACUCCAAAUGGGCAACCAGGUUCUUUGCGUACGAUCACCUGGCGUUGGUGAACCCGAAAGCCUACGAAAGUGUGGGUGGCUUCGACACCUUCAUACCCUACUACAUGACGGACUGCGACAUGCACUGGCGUCUGGGUGAGGCGGGUUGGAGCAUGAACGAUGCUAAGGCAGGCAUCAUUACAGAUGUUGCAGCAGUACUUGAUGACCUACGAGUACUUUACCGCGAGGGAGAUAUCCCUGGCGAGUUAAGUUUCACAGAUCCGAAUCCACCACCGGAAAAGGUCAUAAGCGAGCAUCCGGUAACGAAAGCCAAACGCGGCCUUGAGGAGAGUCUUGCCCGUCUUCCAAACAUAAGUGACGGCGCAGGUCUGAACGAUCCUAACCCAUCAUCCAAAACUAUCGACCCGCUUCUUUCUUUCAAGAAGCUUUUGCACAUCGGCCAAGAGAUGUUCAACCACAAGCACGCCGAUCGCGACAGAAACACGUGGCAACUUGGCCAAAGAGGUGGCGAUCCCAGCGAGCCAUACUACUACGAUGCUAUGGGGUUUCAGAUAGGCGUAAACGUAAUUACAGAAGCUGGAAGAGAGGUUUUCAGGCGUAAAUGGGGACACCGAGGGUGUGACUUUGGUGCUGCGGGCUUGCACCCAGAUGAUGCUUGGAAGGUUGAAAAGGAUUGGGAGUAG